GUGUUAUAUUACCUUUGCGAAAUCUUCAAUGUGGUGUACGAAAUUUAGUUUGAAUGAUGCGAGGGGCUUGAAAUUUAGUGCAAAAUGACUGUUAUUUCGUUUAGGCGACAUCUUAUCCUAUUUCCACCACGGUAGCCGUAGAAUUACAAAACAUCAAUGCAUAUGUUCCGACAUUACAAAUUUCAUGAGGUAAUCUUGAACCAGAAUAUUAUCAGAAUUUUGAAAUUACCACUUAUUUCAUAUAGCCAGAGUAGGCUGUCAGAAACAUUAAACAACUUAUUGUUGAACAUGCCGAAAGUUCCAAACCAUACCGCCGUCCUGAAACAGCAGAGACAAAAGCUGAAAGAAAAAGGGAAGAAGUAUGUGCCUGGUACAGUUAGCAUUAAAGUACUUGGAAGUGGUGCAAAAGGGACGUCGCGGUCAUUGUAUGUAUUCACGGAUCAGUCAAGGUACCUGUUCAACUGUGGUGAAGGUACUCAGCGACUGGCACAUGAGCACAAAGCAAAGCUGUCUAAACUAGAACAUAUUUUUAUUACUCACCUUUCAUGGGACAACAUCGGAGGACUACCUGGAGUUGCCCUGACAAUACAGGAUGUAGGAGUUCCAGAAAUUAUAUUGCAUGGCCCACCAGGAACAGAUGAAAUAUUUUCAGCAACACGUCGAUUUGUAGUUCUGAAAGAUUUAACAGUUCAGCUGGCAGACUUGCAGAAUCAAGAAUUUGAAGACAAUGUCAUGACUGUUAAAUAUGUGCCCAUAUUUGAGGCCCAGUUAGACGAUGAAAACAAGUCUGAUAUAACAAACACUUUUAACUCAAGAAAUGUUUCUAGUAUACUUGAUGGGAACUCAUCAGAUGAGACAGAUGAUAUUGAUUAUUACGCACAUGAGAAAAAACGUGCUCGUAGUUCUUCAAGAUCAAAAGACCGCAAGAGACUAUGUAAGAGUCCAGAGUCACCUAAAGCUACUACCAUCAGUUCCGUUUGCAGUAUGGCAGUGUCAUACAUCUGUCGUUUAAAACCUCGCCCAGGAAGCCUCAAUCUAGAAAAAUGUGUUGAGAAAGGAGUACCCCCAGGCCCAUUACUUGGACGUCUGAAAUCUGGUGAAGAUGUUGAACUAGAGGAUGGAUCAGUUGUAAAGUCAGCUGAAGUGUGCUUUCCGGAUGACCCAGGACCUGUUUUCCUUGUUGUGGAAUGUCCAUCUGAUAGCUUUCUGGACUCAUUCAUCAAUAACCCCAUGUUUCGAGAGCAUCAAGCAGUAGCAGAGAAGGACGAAGAUCUGGCUUACCUCGUUGUACACUUUACACCACCAGAGGUCAUGAACGAUGUAAGGUACCGCAAAUGGAUGGAUGCAUUCUCACAAAGUACUUUCCACCUAGCAAUUAAUGAAGGAAGUACUUGUACAGGAAGCAUAGCAGUGCAUCGCAUCCAGAAUAAAUUGCACCAGCUUCAUCCAUUUAUCUUCCCAUUGCUUAAUGAUUCUGGGAUACUCCAUGAAGAAGUGGAACCUGAGACAACAACAUCAUCACCGACUGCAGUAGCUGUGCAACAGAAUGUAAUACAGGCCAGGACAUUGUGUUCGGUUAAUUUAAGGCCGAACAGGAUGCUAGACAGUGAAUCUACCGUGAAGAUAAAUGUUAAAUCUUUUAUUGAAGAGAUAAAUGGUAUUGAAGGUUUCUCGGAAGCACUAGCUGAAUUGCAAGAUCAGUUAAAAUCAUAUGACAAAGACAUUGCACCAUAUCCUAAGAUUGUCUUUCUUGGAACAGGUUCUUGCAUUCCAAAUAAAACUAGAAAUACAAGUGGAAUUGUCUUGGAAGUGAGUGACUCCAAAGUACUGAUGCUCGAUUGUGGUGAAGGCACCCUCGGUCAGCUGUGGCGAUUUUAUGGUGUGGACGGUGCUGAAGAAAUACUGCGGAAACUUCAGUGUGUAUACGUAUCCCACCUACAUGCAGACCACCAUUUAGGUUUGGUGGGCCUCAUUCAUGCUCGGCGAAGGGCAUACUGGGCUGCAGGCGCCAGCUCUUUUCCACCUCUGAUAGUUCUCGCUCCUAAACAAAUAAUGGCCUGGCUCAGCUUCUACCACAGGAGAUUUCAGCCUCUGUUGCAUGAAAUACAACUUGUGCCAAACUCUGCUCUGGAAAUGGAAAAAUUUGGGCUGGAUGCUGAAUCUUCCAAAAAGCUCAUGGAAGCAUUAGAAAUGAAAGAUAUCAGCACAGUGCCUGUCAAACACUGCCCAAAUGCGUUUGGUGUCGCACUUACUCAUUCAUCCGGUUGGAAGAUAACGUACUCAGGAGAUACUAUGCCUUGCCCACAGCUCAUUAAGUUAGGUCAGAACAGUGAUCUUCUCAUCCAUGAAGCUACCAUGGAAGAUGAGCUAGUCUCUGAGGCACGCUUAAAGAUGCACUCUACGACAUCAGAAGCAAUAGAAACUGGUCAGAAAAUGGGUGCAAAAUUCACUAUUUUGACCCAUUUCAGCCAAAGAUAUGCAAAAUUACCACGUUUUAACAACAAUUUUACAUCUAAUGUGGGCAUCGCUUUUGACAACAUGCAGGUUCGACUGGGAGACUUGCCAGUGCUACCUUUGUUUUACCCUGUUCUGAAGCUGAUGUUUGCUGAAGAUUACGAAGAACUGGAACAGCGAGCUGUACGACGUCAACUGCGCGCUGAGCGUGCUGCUCAGCAAAAGCAGUCAGAAUCAUGAAUGGCAUGUUUGUUCAUACCAGAAAUAAAGCUCUAAAAUCUGUUUUGUAUUUAUGUGAAA